AAGUAACACGUUUCUCCCUGUAUUGCGGUGUGUGUGUAUAUAUAUCUAUAUAUAUAUAUAUACGUACAUAUAUAUAUACACACACAUAUAUAUACAUGUAUAAAUCUUUCCCCUGAUGUCGUGCUUGCUGGCAAAUGGAUCGCCUUUAUUUCGCAAUUCUCUGCCAAAAACCAAAGAGUGGAGCUGCAAAUACCCAUUAUUUCUGCAUAGAUGAUGAACUUGUGUAUGAGAACUUCUAUGCAGACUUUGGACCACUCAAUCUGGCAAUGGUCUACAGGUACUGCUGCAAGCUAAAUAAGAAACUAAAGUCAUUUUCAUUGACAAGGAAGAAAAUAAUUCAUUAUACUGGCUUAGAUCAGAAAAAACAAGCAAAUGCUGCAUUCCUCAUAGGCUCCUACGCAAUAAUAUACCUGAGAGAAUCCCCAGAAGAUGUGUACAGGCUUAUAUUGGCAGGAAGUGUUUCAUAUCUUCCUUUCAGGGAUGCUUCCUUUGGUACUUGCAGUUUUCAUCUGACAUUGCUGGACUGUUUUCAUGCAAUAAACAAGGCUUUGCAGUAUGGUUUCCUGGAUUUUAGUACGUUUGAUGUAAAUGAAUAUGAGCAUUAUGAAAGAGCAGAAAAUGGAGAUUUUAACUGGAUAAUACCAAACAAAUUCAUUGCCUUCAGUGGACCUCAUUCAAGGAGUAAAAUUGAAAAUGGCUAUCCCCACCAUGCUCCAGAGGCUUAUUUCCCAUACUUCAGGCAACACAAGGUCACCACUAUAAUACGCCUCAACAAAAAACUCUACGAUGCCAAACGAUUCACAGAUGCUGGAUUUGAGCAUUUUGACCUCUUCUUUGCUGAUGGAAGCACCCCUAGUGAUACUAUAGUUAAAACAUUUCUAAACAUUUGUGAAAAUGCUGAAGGUGUUAUAGCUGUUCACUGCAAAGCUGGUCUUGGCCGAACUGGCACACUUAUUGCCUGUUAUAUCAUGAAGCAUUAUCGGAUGACAGCUGCUGAAACCAUUGCCUGGAUUAGAAUAAACAGACCUGGUUCUGUGAUUGGGCCACAACAACAUUUCCUGAUGGACAAACAGGCAGAGCUUUGGACAGAAGGGGAUAUUUUCCGUGCAAAGUUGAAAGGAAACCAUAAAAUUGCUGUAACAAGAAUUCUGUCAGGAGUAGAUGAUAUUUCAAUUAAUAACACGAGAAACAGGAGAAGCAUCCAAAAGGACAUUGAACUGUACAGUGAUGAUGAUGAAACAAACUGUUUAACACAAGGGGAUAAACUUCGUGCUCUGAAAAGCAGAAGGCAAGCAAAAGCUCCAGCUGCAUCUCCAUUAGCAUGGUUCCUAGGUAUGCUGGUGUCUACACUGUGUAGCAUUGUCAUCUGGUGGAUUAUUUGUGGCUCCCUCCUGCCCAGCCUGCUAUUCUGUCUAGAUGGUUUAAGAACAUAGUAACCAUCAGGACCCCCUGAGAGAGAGCCACUGUCAGCCAGCCCGUCACAAGGACUAGACCAGUCUGGCGCUGAAUUUCAAAUAAGCCACGAGUGUUGAAGAGGAUAUUCAGGAGUGAAGGGGAUAUGACUAGAGGGAACUUGUUGCAAUUCAAGGAAGAUGACUUUGGCUUCAUUUUUCAGCAAAAAAAAAUGAAAUAGAAGAAUCUCUUCCAUACCUGUAGAAUAAAAUGAACUGUGAAUGUGCUUGGUAGACAUUUUCCUACCGUGCUAACACUUCCUCAAGCAAACCCAACAAAAUCUGUGUACAUUCAGACUCAGGUGUAAAUACUUAAGCUCUCUAUUAUAAAGAGGGCUUGCUAAAAUGUAUGAAGCAUGUGUAUAAAUUGUGAUGGCAAUCACUCAGCUGCUGACCAGCAGAAACAAAAAGAUGGUGGGAGCUUUUAAAUAUAUAAAAUCGUGUUGUCCAUUCAGACUGGGCUGAAGUCUUCACUUGAGACUGAGAAUCAACAACAAAAGCUUUAUUUCUUAUUCUA